UUCAAAACCAUUCCCACAAUUCUCACACAUACAUGCAGAUUUCAAACAAGCAAAACAGGUCUGCGCCGCCACAGCGCCUCUCUUAUGAGGAAGAAGCCUCGGUAAUGGUGGCGGCGUUGAAGAAUGUUAUCACAGGAGAGGCGAAUCUCUCAAACGCGGCUAAUGACUUGUAUUCCGGCGAUGGGGUCUUCUCUGUUCCGGGCGAUAUGGAGACGUGCGGAUUCUGCGGGAUUAAAGGGUGCUUGGGGUGUAAUUUGUUUAAUGAGGAGAAGAAGGCGCCGGCGGGGAAGAAGAGGAAGAAGAAGAACUACCGGGGAGUGCGGCAGCGGCCGUGGGGGAAAUGGGCGGCGGAGAUACGGGACCCGCGGAGGGCGGUGCGCGUCUGGCUGGGGACGUUCGAGACGGCCGAGGACGCGGCGCGGGCGUAUGAUAGGAAGGCCAUUGAGUUCCGCGGGCCGCGGGCCAAGGUCAAUUUCCCCUUCUCGGACUACACCGCGGCUGCGGGGCCCUCUGCUUCUACUGCUGCUGAGAGCUCGAUGAGCUCUCAGCACAAGCGGAAAGCGGAGAGGGCGGUUGACGCCCCUCCCAACAAAAUUAGUAGUAAACAGGGGAUUUGGGAAACGGGAUCGAGCAGUAAAAAUCAGAGUGAUAAUAUUUGGGAUUUGACGAUUGGGGAAGAAGAGAUGGAGCAGUGGCUGGUGAUGAUGGAUUUCCACAAUGCCGAUUCCUCUGAUUCUGCUAAUGGCGGGAAUGUCCAGUGCGUGUAGUCAUAUUCAAUAUACAGAAUUCAGUUUUAAAUAGAUAGCUGGUUUGAAGAUUUUUUUAUUCAAACGCUUCCUAUA